CCGUUAAUCAAUGUUAGAAUGAGAAGAAGAGUAGUGCAAGACAUUUGAGCUAGCAAAUGACUGAAUCCAGAAGCCUUGCUCUAAGACCGGUCCUUUACGCGUAGAGUUCUUCUGUCUGGCGCCAAGAAACUUCCUUUUCUUGAGAUUAACUUUCUCAUUCUUUCUUUUAACUAAAGUCUUUGCUUCUAGCCUCUUUCUUACCAUUUAUAACACACUUUUUGCAUAAAAAAAAUGAACUACAUAGUCACAUUUAACAUUUCACGGUCAACAACACCAAUAGCCCUCGUUUUUUAGUUGCUUCCCUUGGAUCCUGUUAGAACCAAAGACCCUUUUUUUGAAUCUUUCUCAGGAGCUCCACUCUGUGUUUGCUUUUAGAAGGGUUGUUUGUUUCUGUGCACAGGUUGUGAUUUUGAUGGUUUAACAAUAGACACCCCCUAUUUUUGUUUUUGUUUGGAGCUGCUUAUUUUUUCAAUUGAUUUUUCUGGUGGGGUUUUGGCUGAACUUGAUCUGAUUCAGUACAAGUUGGAAACUUUGGAUAGGGACACAGUUUUUCUGGGGUUUGCUUUUGUUCGUACUGUUUGAUCUUGAAAUUCUGAUUUUUCAUCUGAAACCCUUGUUGGGUCUUGAAGAAUUCAUCCCUGCAGGGCACUGGGAGCAUUGUUCUGGUGAGGAAUCGAAGUGGGUUGGUGGUGGAUAGUGAAAAAGAUUCAUUUUUGAGGUGUUUUUGUAAUUGUAAGUGAUGAAGGAAUUGUAGAUUUGUGGUUGUUGGGGUUUAGUCCUUUGAUGAAACUGAAAUGAGAAGCAUAUCAAGCAUUUGGAAUGGGAAUUCAGAAACAUAUGGUUACCAUAAAGUUUAGACUUUGCGUUCUAUUGGUUCUCGCUUUUGUAGCAGCUGUUAGCUCUACAGCAAAGAAGGAAACACAAGAUGACUUUGUUAGCAAACUACUUGAUCCUGCAUGUGGAUUGUUAGAUGAACACACGGUGAAGAUCUUAUGGACCAAUUGCCAGGAAGAUUUAUUUCAUUUAAUGAAAGAGGUUGAAGAUUGUGAUUUAUGGCUGUCUCAGGAGUUGUCUGGCCACACCAAUAAAAUCAAUUCAGAGAUUCAACCAUUAAAGCGAGCAGACAUCCAAAAAUUGAUCAGUGCAUGCCAGCCUCAAUUCGAGGAGAACUUUCUUCACUAUUUGGAAAAAAAUAAUCUUCCAUUACCCAUCUCAAGAGGAGAGGAUGAUUCCAAGAUUUUGCAUGUCAGUCAUUUGGGAUCACUUUUUUCCAGAUCCAAUGUUCCUAGAAGAAAUUUUGGCCGUGUUUUGCUUCAGCACAUAUCAGAACCACCUAGUCCUGGCCCUGCAGUUGGAUCACCUACACCAAGUUUAACACCAUCUCCUGAACCCAGUUUAGCACCAUCGUCUGAACCCAGCCUGGCCCCAUCGCCUCUUGCUCCAGCACCUCUAGUUCCUAGUCCUCAGCAUCCUCAUUUGUCUCCAUCAACAUUUUUCCCAAAAUUGACACCACCAGCAGCUUCAGAAAUUUCUUCUCCUCCAUCUUCUGACAUUAACAAACAGGAAGAUAAGCAUAGUAAUAAAAGAACAGUUGUUCUUGCUGUCGUUAUAACUGCAUUGGUGACAUUUAUAGCUGCAGCACUGCUCUUUUUAUGCUGUAGUGGGUAUUGUAAGACUGGCCGAGCUAGACUAAAUGAUGAGAGGCCCCUUCUCAGCUUGAGCAUGAGUGACUACUCUGUUGGUCCUUCUAGUUUUGCUUUUGGAAAUUCAAUCAAAGGGGAGAAACUUGGGUUUCAGUCAUCAAGUAAUAGUUUAGUAGACAAUAAGAAGAACUCAGUGCAAGAAAGCCAAUCAAUAGGAGCCUUUAGUGCUGCUGCCGGAUCACCAUUUGAACUUAAACCUCCUCCAGGGAGGGUGGGAGCCAGUCCCUCGGGAAUGCCUCCUUUAAAACCUCCCCCAGGCAGGUUGAACCCUCUUCCCCACGAGCCACCUUCCUUUAGGCCUUCUGGUGAUGCUGAUACUGCUGUGGCUUCUGUUGCUGCAGCUCCUCCUCCUCCUGCCCCUCCUCAACAGCCUGGUAUUGGUAGCACUCCACCACCACCCCCAGCAUCAGCUGGUGCCAAACCUGGCCCACCUCCACCACCAGCAAAACCUGGUCCUCCCCCUCCACCACCUCCAGCAAUAGCUGGUGCCAAACCUGGUCCUCCUCCUCCACCACCCCCAGCACCAUUUGGUGCUAAACCUGGUCCUCCUCCUCCACCACUCCCAGCACCAGUUGGUGCAAAACCUGGUCCUCAUCCACCACCGCCUCCUAAGAGUGGCAUACCUCCUCCUCGAGCCCCUCCCCCAAUUGGCCCAAAGAUGGCUCAGCCUUUAGCUAGUGGAUCAAAGGCUACAGUUGAAGCUAAUGCAGAAGGUGCAGCUGAUGCUCCCAAAGCCAAGCUAAAGCCUUUUUUCUGGGAUAAGGUUCAAGCAAACCCCAAUCAAUCAAUGGUUUGGAAUCAGAUCAAAUCAGGAUCAUUCCAGUUUAAUGAAGAAAUGAUAGAGACGCUUUUUGGCUAUAACAAUGGUCAAAGACAGAAAGAGUCUUCCUCCCAAGACCCUUCACCUCAGUAUAUGCAUAUCAUUGACAAAAAGAAAUCGCAAAAUUUAUUGAUUCUGUUGCGUGCAUUGAAUGUGACAAUGGAAGAAGUUUGUGAUGCACUUUAUGAAGGACAUGAGCUUCCCUCGGAGUUCCUUCAAACCUUGCUGAAGAUGGCACCAACAUCAGACGAAGAACUUAAGCUUAGACUUUUUACUGGUGAGCUAUCUCAACUUGGGCCUGCUGACCGUUUCCUGAAAGCCCUGGUUGACGUUCCAUUUGCAUUUAAGCGAAUGGAAGCUCUGCUUUUCAUGACCACACUUAAAGAGGAGCUCACAAGUACUAUGGAAUCUUUUGCCAUUUUAGAGGUUGCUUGCAAGGAACUAAGAAACAGUAGGCUAUUCCUCAAGCUUCUUGAAGCUGUUCUCAAAACCGGCAACCGAAUGAAUGACGGAACAUUCCGUGGUGGUGCACAAGCAUUUAAACUUGAUACUCUUCUGAAAUUAUCUGAUGUAAAAGGAACAGAUGGCAAGACCACACUCUUACACUUUGUAGUUCUAGAGAUUAUCCGUUCUGAGGGCAUAAAAGCCGUUCGAAAGGCAAAAGAGAGCCAGAGUUCAUCUAGUGUUAAAUCAGAUGAUCUUCUCGAUGAUAGAACUCAAGAAACAGAAGAACACUACCGUGAAAUCGGUCUUCAGGUGGUUUCUCACUUGAGCAGUGAACUCAAGAAUGUUAAAAAAGCAGCAAUUAUAGACGCGGACAGCCUAACAGGAACCGCCGCCAAACUUGGGCAUGGUCUCAUAAAAACACAAGACUUGGUAAACAAAACCAUGAAGAAUGUGGAGGAAGAUAGGGGGUUUGGUGAGACAGUGAAAAGUUUUGUGAAGAAUGCCGAGGCUGAUGUUAUGAAACUGCUGGAAGAAGAGAAAAAAAUCAUGGCACUGGUGAAGAGCACUGGCGAUUACUUUCACGGGAAUGCUGGGAAGGAUGAAGGCUUACGGUUGUUUGUAGUAAUACGAGACUUCUUAGUAAUGCUAGACAAGGUAUGCAAGGAGGUGAGAGAUACUCAGAAGAAGCCAGCAGCAAAAACACUAAAACAAGAGACUCCUCGAGGAGCAUCUUCCUCUGAAACGCGUCCACCACCUUCUGAUUUUCGUCAGCGGCUCUUUCCAGCAAUCGCCGAAAGGAGGGUGGGUGACAUUAGUUCAGAUGAGGACAGCCCAUAGAUUCAAGUUGGAAAUGAGGGAUGAUACAUAUGUGAAAUCAUGAAUGGUUUGAAGUGGCAUGGUUUUAUACACUUCUCAAAUAGAAUUCAUAUGUACAGGUCUAGCUGGAGCUGUCUUCAAGCAGUGGAAUUACUUGUUAUCAUCAUUGUUGUGCCCCCAUUGGGAUUUAGCUUCAUAGUUUGAGACAGCCACUUCUGAAACUGUAGUUAUGUAGGGUCUUAAUUUUUUGUUUUUAUAAUUCUUUAUUCAAUCUAAUAUGUCAAUGAGUUUAUUUUUUGAAAGGUGCUGGAUAUAGCAUGAUACCUUCUUUUUUGUGAAUUUUGAUAUAUUUUUUUAGCCAUCUAGGAAAAUAGAUCAUCUUUGUUAGUCAGUGG